AUGUGUUCUGUCGCUCCUGACUGCUGUGCUGGACUCUCCCCCUCCCAGGUUGACGACGACGAUUGUGUCCUCGGUCGUGGAGCGUGCGGUAUUGUGACGAAGGCGGUUCAUAAGCAAACAGGCACGUGGUUGGCAAUAAAAGCGGUUCGGGUUGAAGACAAGGAGAAGCGGGCGCAGUUGAUGACGGAUAUUCAGGCUCUCAUAUUGGCCCAGAAGUGUGACUUCUUAGUUCAACUGUACGCCGCGUAUGUGCAUAAAGCUAGUGGACGGGUCCAUGUAGCGCUGGAGCUGAUGGACCGGGGCUCUCUUGAGGACUUCACGAAGAGGAUACCUGCUGGAGUGUGGCCGGAGAGGAUGCUCGCGAUUGCUAUGUGGCAAACUGUUGAGGGCAUUAGGCAUCUGCAUUGUCAUCAUGCCCUGCAUAGAGAUAUCAAACCUGGCAACAUUUUGAUUAAUAGUAAGGGCCAGGUGAAGUUGACGGAUUUUGGUAUAGCGAAGAACCUUAAUACUACUGUUGGUCUAUGCAGCACCUUCGUGGGUACAGCAACGUACAUGUCGCCAGAACGGGUCAUUGGACAGGAGUACACCUAUCCAGCGGAUAUUUGGUCCGUUGGUAUGGUAGCGUACGAGUUGGCUACGGGAGAGUACCCCUUUAGUGCUAUAAACUCCUUCCCGGCUCUCUUUGACUGGUUGUGCAAUAAAGACCCUCCCCGUCUUGACGCCAACAAGUUCUCGCCGGAGUUGUGCGAGUUUGUGGCUUUGACGUUGAAGAAGGAUCCUAAUACUCGUGCUGCUGCAGACGACCUUCUCCAUGGGUCGUGGCUGAAACCUAUAGCAUUCAGUGACAUUGAGACAAGACGGCUAGAGCUGGCGAGUUGGAUGGCAUCGAUAUCAGCGUCGAGCGAGAAGUAGCUUCGUAUUGAUCCCAAUUGCUUUUUCUAUUUUUAGUGAACGUAUUUUUGUACGUGUUUGUUAUGAAUGAAUAUAUCUUUUGAUGGUGAUGGUGGAGUUGCUGCCGCAUAAAAGGUCAGGAAUUCUA